AUGUCCAACCGAAAUACUAAAUCUAAGAGCCCUAACCUCAAGAAACCAUAGAAUUUUGACAAAGAUCUGAUGAAAUACCUUAUUUUACAAAAGAUAACCAAGCCUUCCGCUCCUGUUGAGAUGUUAACCAAAACGUAACCUGAUGAAGAUUCAGAGGUUGAUGAUUUUAAGUAAGAAAUAGAAAUCAAGUAUUCUAUAACAUCUAAACCUAUUUCUAGAUUCAAGAAAUGCAAAAUCAAUCACUCAUUCAAGUUUCCCAAAGAUAGUUAUGAAUCUUCUUCUGACAAUUCUCUUUAAUCUCUCAAAGAUGUCACUCUCUAUGAAUUGAACCAAGACAAUAUAUAACAUCUCACAGAUGCAACAUAGCCCUAAUUCAUCAAACUACUUAAUGAAAGAUUAAUCAAAUUAACCGAUUAGAUUUAAGAGGACCUUUCCAUUCAAAAACCUAACCCAAAUCCCAAAUCUUCAAGGUUGAUCUCCUAAUAAAUAUCAAGAUUAUAGAAAGUGCGUGGUCAGAACCUAUCCAACUCCUCCUUAUCCAAAUAGAUUGAUCAAACAGUCGCUAGUCAAGGACGUGAAAGUGUGACCAACAAGCAGAAUUAAAAUCUAGGCUUCAGAGCCACUCCAACCUUGUCCUCUGAAAAGAAGAAUCAAUCCAAACAUAUCCAACAAAUAUUGAAAAUUGUACAAUAAAAGUAGUUAAAUAACAAUAUCAAGUAAUUAAAAUUUGAUAAACCUAGCGAUGCAUUCUAUAAAAGAACGUUGUAAGGAAACAGUAGUUACAUUAAUAAAAAUGCAAGUGCUAACGACAAACGAAAUAUAGAAAACAUUAGAAUUAAAACAGAAUAUGAUGAUUAAGAUGGAAAUUUAACCCAAUUUCACAUACUGCCAAAAUCAAGAACUAAAAAUAGAGAGUCCAGCACAAAAUUAAAAAAACAAGACACAUCUUAAAAUCAUAAAAUCUUAAAUUACACUAUUGAUAGUCACAUUUUGGAAUAAUUGAGAGGUACUAGGAAUGCUAAAAGUUAAAACAAAAAUUAUAAAAAUUGA